AAAUAUGUUGUAAAGUCAACAUCUGUUUCCUUCUAGACUCUUCGCAUUUACAUCACACUGCCGACCAUAUAAAACGGCAAAGUUCGUCGUCGUUUUAUCACAAGACCAUCAACACCAUAAGGCUAUAAAUCCAAGCUAAAAGGUAGUGAUUAACUCCACAAAACCAGAAAAAACUACAUUUCUAACAUAUAGAAGAAACAGAGAAAAAGAGAGAGAGACCCCUAAUGGCUGAGAAAGAAGAAGUGAAGCUUUUGGGGAUAUGGGCGAGCCCUUUUAGCCGUCGGGUCGAGAUGGCUCUCAAACUCAAAGGCAUACCGUACGAGUACGUGGAAGAGAUACUGGAGAACAAAAGCCCUUUGCUUCUUGCUCUUAACCCUAUUCACAAGAAAGUCCCUGUUCUUGUCCACAAUGGUAAAACCAUUCUCGAGUCUCAUGUGAUUCUUGAAUACAUCGAUGAGACUUGGCCACAAAAUCCAAUUCUCCCUCAAGAUCCUUAUGAAAGAUCCAAAGCUCGUUUCUUUGCUAAACUCGUCGAUGAACAGAUUAUGAACGUGGGGUUUAUAUCAAUGGCAAGAGCAGACGAGAAAGGAAGAGAAGUUUUAGCCGAGCAGGUAAGAGAACUGAUUAUGUAUCUCGAGAAAGAACUUGUCGGAAAAGAUUACUUCGGAGGCAAGACUGUCGGAUUCUUGGACUUUGUCGCCGGAAGUUUAAUUCCGUUUUGUUUGGAGAGAGGUUGGGAAGGAAUAGGAUUGGAAGUGAUUACAGAGGAGAAGUUUCCAGAGUUCAAGAGAUGGGUUAGGAAUUUGGAGAAGGUUGAGAUUGUUAAAGAUUGUGUUCCACCAAGAGAGGAACAUGUAGAACACAUGAACUAUAUGGCAGAGAGAGUGAGAUCUUCUUAAGAAAACAAAUCAUGUUUAGUUCUUGAUCAUGCAAUGUUUGUAUGGUUAUGUUGUUGUUUAUUUUAUUGAAUAUCUUUGUAUGUUGUGUGGUUGAGAAGUGAGGUUUUAUCAUCAUCUCUCACGUUAUCUUAUUUGGUCCCAGCCACUAUUUAGAAUUAAUGGUAAAGCUUUGGCUAUUUUGUCCACGUUAUCUUAUUUUGUUCUUACUUCUCACGUUAUCUCAGAUUCUCAAUAUGGUUCCCAGACAAAUAUUGAAUCAGCUACAAAAGAUGAUAGAAUUUGCCACAAUCUUAUCUGAUACAUUCCGUCACAAAUUUUAUAAGGAAACUUAUACAGCUAUCUUUUGUUGUCAAUCAAUCACAAAAUUUCCG